AUGUCUUCCACAAAAUUGGCAGACCAGUCCUUCGUUUUAAAGACUCCAAAGGGUACUCGAGAUAGGAACCCUUUUCAAAUGCGCGUCCUGGAGGAAGUCUUUACUGUCAUCCAGAAUUGCUUUAAGCGUCACGAUGCAGUUUCCAUUGAAACUCCAGUCUUCGAACUCAAGGAAGUUUUGACUGGAAAGUACGGAGAGGAUUCAAAACUCAUUUAUGACCUUGAAGAUCAAGGUGGUGAAUUGUUGUCGCUUCGUUAUGAUUUGACGGUCCCUUUUGCUCGAUACGUUGCAAUGAAUAAAAUAAAAACUAUAAAAAGAUACCAGAUAGGCAAGGUUUAUCGUCGUGAUCAACCGGCAAUGAAUCGUGGGCGAUUCCGCGAAUUUUAUCAAUGUGAUUUCGAUAUCGCCGGGGACUUUGGCCUUAUGAUGGCCGAUGCCGAGUGUUUGCGUGUUGUAUAUGAGGUAUUGCGAGACCUAAACCUUGGGGAGUUUGUGAUUAAAUUAAACCACAGGCGGUUUCUCGACGGCCUUUUCUCUGCCUGUGGAGUUCCCCCCGAAAAGUUUGCCACAACUUGCUCCUCCGUGGACAAACUCGAUAAGGCAAGAUUUCCUUAUUCAUUUUCACCUUCUCCUCGUCCCGGUAAGAUGUCCUUCAAACAAACAUUCGCCUGUUCCUAUAGCGAAUUUGUGUUUUUCUUCACUUUCCGACAGGCGCCAUGGGAAGACGUGAAGCUUGAACUGCUCCAGGAGAAGGGUCUCUCACCGGCCACCGUCGAACUGAUUGGUGAGUAUACCCAAAUCACGGGUGGUGCCGAAGUACUCGACAAACUGGCAGCAGAUCCUCGUCUAGCCAAUGUGGUCGCUAUUCAAGAGACCCUUAAGGAAAUGCAAACACUAUUGAGCUACUGUCAAGCACUUGGCAUUAUGGACCGUUUAAAACUCGACAUGUCACUUGCUCGUGGGCUCGACUACUAUACUGGUGUCAUCUAUGAAGCUGUCCUCAAAGGCUUUACCUACAAUGACGUGCAACAGGCGACAACGAUGGAGCCGGUGACUCAAGUACUGGGAAAAACUAAAAAGGAAGGCAAGAAGGGCCACGAAGUGGUCGAAGAGGGUUUUCAGGAAGGAGCCGUUGGUAGUGUCGCCGGAGGUGGUCGAUAUGACAAUCUGGUCACCCUCUUCACUCCCGGCGCCCCAAAAGUGCCCUGUGUGGGCGUAAGCUUCGGCAUUGAGCGCCUCUUGGCCAUAUCUGAGAUGCUCACGAAGCAACGUGCUGCCUCUGGUGACGCCGAUGGAAACAAGGUGCGUGCCACCGAGACCGACGUGAUGGUGAUCGUAGCCCACAAAGGACUAAUUACGCCCCGCCUCGAAGUCGCAAAGGAGCUGUGGGACGCCAAGAUAAAAACCGCUUUCUCCCACAAAAACCAGCCCAAAUUGCUCGAUCAACUGCAGUACUGUGAGAAUACUGGCAUCCCCCUAGCAGUUCUUAUAGGCGAUUCUGAGUUGCAACGUGGUGUGGUCAAAUUACGUCGCAUCAACGCUCGAAAUGAGCGCGAAGUAGCGCGCUCUGAACUGCCUGCUGAAAUACGCCGGGAACUGGCGAUGCUUCGAAAAGAAUAA